CUUAUAAAUUAUUUAAAGGCCUUAUUCAUUUAGGCAAAUUAAAAAAUAAAUUAUUUUAGAUUUCAACAGACCAAAAUAGAAAAUGUCCGGGGAUGAAGAGGAUUAUAUGUCCGAUAAAUUUCUAAAUGGCGGAGAAGAUGUAAGACCUAGCUUAAUUUACAAUCGGGCGAAAAAGCGGGAAUUAGCCGUAGCAGAAAAGCAAGAAGAAGUAGUUAAAAAGCAAAAGCGCAGCAAGAGAGAGCGUUUGGGCUUUAUGGACAAUGAAACACUGCAGGAUGCGUUAAAGAAGCCGUUAUCAAACGAUAAUAAAGGUUUUCAAAUGUUAGCCAAAAUGGGCUAUAAGGCGGGCCAAACACUGGGAAAAAGCAUAACAACUACUAACAAAGAACAAAAGUCUGCAACAGAACCAAUUGGUAUAAUAUUAAAAUGUGAUCGGCAAGGUUUGGGUAGAGAAGCGGCUUUAAAAGAGUUAAAAGAAAAACGUCGAGAAAUAAUGCUAAAGCGUUUACUAAAACAAAAUGAUAGAGAAAUUAGUUUAGAAGAAUACCGCAAAAGAGCUGCACAAAAAGCGGAAGAACGUUCAAUAUUGAACGCUUUAAGAAAGUGCCAAACAACCUGUGAAAAUUUAGAUCGCGAAGCUCAAAUCGAGAAACCUGAAAUGUAUCGUUGGUUUUGGUAUGAAAAGGAAACGGAAGAAACCGAAGAUCUUGAAACAACCGAAAACGAUAUUGAAGAGGAUUGCGCAGACGAUGAUUACACAAAUGCUGAGAAACUGGAAAUGCUAACAAGUUACUUACGUACAGCGUAUAGAUUUUGUUACUGGUGCGGAAUACACUACGAAAGUGACGACGACAUACUUGGGAACUGUCCCGGGCUUAAUAAGGAUGACCAUUGAAUGUAAAAUUUGUCCUAUAGGCUAAUAAUAUAUUUAUGUAUAUGUAUAUAUUUUAAGCUUUAUAUAAUCUUGUAAAUAUAUA